AUGGUUGCUGAACAGAGACUGAUAGCUUAUGCUCAAAGGGAAGCCUUUCCAGAGGAGCAUGAAGCAUUAGCAAAAAAUAAGGAAAUUCCUGGUCGAAGCAAGUUAAGGUCAUUGAACAUCGGUCUAAGGUAUGGCAUGAUAGUAGUAGGUGGUCGUCUUGACAAUGCCAAUCUUUCACAAGACCAAAGACAACCAAUAAUUCUUCCAUACAAUCACAGAAUUACACAGUUGAUAUUCUUAGAUUAUCACAUGAAAUUAUUACAUUGUGGUCCUCAGUUAUUAUUAGCGGAAAUCAGGCAGAGGUAUUGGCCGCUGUCUGGUAGACUAUUAGCGCGCUCAACAGUUCGAAGGUGCGUGAAGUGUGUACGGAGCAAACCGAUCUUUCAAAUUCCAAUAAUAGCACCAUUACCAAGGGAAAGAGUACAAUGUUCACGUCCCUUCACGUACACGGGCGUGGAUUUUGCAGGACCGUUAAUCAUCCGAAGCGGAAUCAGGGGUCGAUCAGGAACAAAGGCGUGGGUAUCAAUAUUCGUGUGUUUUUCUACAAGAGCGGUUCAUAUAGAAGUAGUCGAGGACUUAACGAGCAAGGCUUUUAUAGCGGCCUUAAGACGAUUUGUUGCUAGACGAGGCAAACCCGCAGAACUGUGGAGCGAUAACGGAACAAACUUCGUUGGAGCAAACAAGGAGUUGACCAAAUAUACUCAACAUCUGGGCAGUCAGCUAGCAAAUGAAGGGAUCACCUGGCGUUUCAAUCCCCCAUCAGCCCCUCAUUUUGGAGGGCUGUGGGAAGCAGCAGUUAAGAGCGCUAAACACCACUUGGCUAGGACUACUGGAGAGGCAAAGCUAACUCUAAGUGAGCUCAGUACACUGCUAUGUCAAAUUGAAGCCUGCCUCAAUUCCCGACCAUUGACACCUAUGAGCAGCGAUCCUAACGACUUCACUUCACUUACCCCAGCGCACUUCUUACUCGGUGCACCUGUAACGUCGUUCCCAGAACCUGAUUUAAAUGGCGAAGAACCACAUGCAAUGCGACGUUGGAAAUUUGUACAACAUCUUCUUCAAACUUUCUGGAAGCGAUGGCACAUGGAGUACCUACCCCAACUACAGGUCCGUGGAAAGUGGACAUCAGGAAGCUCCAACCUAGCCAUAGACGAUUUAGUAAUUGUCAAAGAAGACAACCUACCGCCCUUUAAGUGGCACUUAGCACGCGUUAUAGAACUACAUCUAGGUUGUGACGGUAACGUAAGGGUUGUGUCCGUACGUAACUCUUCCGGCAAAACAAUGCGCCGUCCAGUCGCAAAACUUUGCAAGCUCCCAAUAGAAUCAGAGGAGUCUGUUGAAAAAUAGAUUUUUCAACGGGGGGGAGAAUGUUCGCGCCGGCGGUAGCGUCAUAAUAGUCCGUCCACACCGACCGAACACACACACACACACACACACACACCGCAAGUUUUGUAUUUAUUAUUUUUAUGUCAAUUGUGUCGUCCGUGAAUUUUUAUGUAAUAUAUAAAUGUAGAUAAUGAGUUAUGUAAUGCGGCCGCCAACGGCUCGCUGUGUGGAAGCUUUAACACGGCCGCCGGAAUCGUCAGUCCAUCCCGUUACGCCAACGCGGAAAAUAUCACGUGCGCGAAUCGCCGUGC